CUAUGCUUUCUUCUUCUAUUCUUUCUUCCAUUCUAUUCUUCUUUCUUCUAUUUUAUCCUACCCUACCCCACUCCACUCAACUCUAUUCUACAGAUAAAUGUCUUUACGUUAGCUGGGCAACUCACUCCGUAACCCCCCCUUUACUUCCUGCCGCAGAGGAAAUGCAGCCAGUUUAACUUUCAUACUUUGUUCUCCUAAGCAAACUAUUGUCUCUCCCCCUUCGGGGCAACCCACAAAUGAUUUGGGACCAACGCAUGAGCCAAAAUUCAGAGGGGGGGGGCUAUGCUGUCCUGCAAGCCUAUUUGCCCUUGCCCCAAAAACGCUGCCACUCAUGUGGCACAGAUGCAGCGCACAACCGAAACCUGCACACACACACCCAGGCGCGAGCUGUGCAUUUCCUUCGCUCGACGGAGGGGUGAAAAAAAAUCCUUCCGUUCUUGCACCAGUUCUGAGCCCGUCACGCCACCAAACCCUGCGCCUUUUUCCCGUAGACACACAUGCAAGAAGUGCAAAAGGUUUCCAGCACACACCCCUUACACACCUGUUGCUGUGCUUCUUUCGGUGGUCCACAAAGGUAACCUCCAACCCCCCUGGAGGAGGCCCUCUGCGGAGUUCCUCCACCUGACGUCCAAAUUACCUCCCUUUCGCCUUCUGGAGCGUCACUCUCAACAGGGUUGGAAGGAAGUGGCUCGUUUGCACCCAGAGGAUGGCGACAACGCCUGCACUUCCACACAUUGGUGAAAGGCAGCACUUCUUGGCCCGAAGCGAAAGGAGUUUGACAUCAGCCCCAGAGAGGUGGGGCAAGGGGAAGGGAGAGAGCUCUGAGGUCUGGGGUGUGCUUUGCGUUUUUCAGCAGCAAGCAACCCUGUCUCAGCUUCCUUAAAACCAUCGCAGAACAAGCUAAGUUCUAAAGAAGACUUCUCUCCAGAGCGUGUGCACGCACGCACACACACACACCCCCCAGUAGCUGAACUCCUUUCAUACAGCUUCUCCCUACAGAUCCAACCAGCCAGAGAUGACGCACCUGCAGUUUAAGGAUGCCUUCUGGUGCAAAGAAUUCACUCUUCAUUCCGGGUACGAAGCGCUCCUUCAGCGUUUGCUGGAUGGAAGGAAAAUGUGCAAAGACGUGGAAGAUUUGAUCAAGCAGAGGGCCCAGGCUGAAGAACGUUACGGGAAGGAGCUGGUUCAGAUCGCCCGGAAAGCAGGAGGCCAAAGCGAAAUCAACACCUUAAAGGCUUCGUUCGAAAUCCUAAAGCUACAAAUUGAAAGCGUGGGCAACUCUCACAUCCAGCUGGCCCUCAUGUUGAAAGAGGAACUAAAAGCCUUAGAGGAAUUCCGAGAAAGGCAGAAGGAACAACGGAAAAAGUACGAGAGCACAAUGGAACGGAUACACAAGAACAAGCUCUUUAUGUUCAAGAAAACCAUGGAGUCCAAGAAGGCCUACGACCAGAAAUGCAAAGAUGCCGAUGAGGCGGAACAGGCUUGUGAGAGGAUCAGUGCUAUUGGGAACCAGAAACAAACAGAAAAGAGCCAGACCAAAGCCAAACAGUCCAGAGACUCUGCCAACGAAGCAGAAAGAGUGUACAAACAGAACAUCGAGACCCUAGACCAGACGAGGACCAUGUGGGAACAAGAACACGUUAGUACUUGCGAGGCUUUCCAGCUUCAGGAAUGCGACCGGAUCACUAUCCUACGGAAUUCUCUCUGGGUUCAUUGCAAUCAACUCUCCAUGCAGUGCGUGAAAGACGAUGAGCUUUAUGAAGAGGUCCGGGUGAGCCUAGAAAACUGCGACGUGGAGUCCGAUAUGAACUUCUUCGUUCAGAAUAAGAUGACGGGAACGGAAGCACCAGUUGCCAUUGGAUAUGAGAAUUAUUACGAGAGAACCGGACUGGCGAAAAACUCCAGCAGCCCAACACCCCAGAGUUGUGGAAUGAUGAAAAGGUUCUCCCACUUGCUGCAUGGCAGUACACGGAAUGCUCCGGAUAACAAUAUUUCCACGAUAACCCCAACUGGGGGCGUAGCUGAGCAAAGGACGGACGGCGUCUAUGCAGCAAUCCGUGUGGCUGAGGCCAACGCUUCCAUGGACCACGAUUACAGAGCUCUCUAUGACUACGAAGCCCAGAAUGAGGAUGAGCUGGACAUGCAAGCGGGUGAUAUCGUCAACAUCAUUGAAGCGGGCGAAGACGGUUGGUGGACCGUAGAACUGGACGGGCAACAAGGAUUUGUGCCGGGCUCCUAUCUGGAGAAACUUUGACCGGAGGAAAACUUCCCAGUGCUACAUUUUUAAUUUUUUACCAACUAGAAACCUCUUUUUAAAAAAAUAAAUAAAUAAAAUAAAAUCAAGUUUUACUCUUUGCAGAUGGCAAAGAGCUACAAUUAUACUCUUUAUUUUAACAUAAACGCCACCCUGUCUUUUUAUUUAGAGCCGAGGUGGCGCAGUGGUUAAGAGUGCAGUACUGCAGGCCACUUCAGCUUGA